UCGAUUCGUCUUCUCAUUGCGAAAACUCUUGUUCUAGAAUUGGAAUUCGAAUUCAAACCGGUGUAAUAGAAGCUCGGACUCUAUCGCGUGAAUCUGAAUUAUGGGCAAUCGAAGCUCGCAAAUUUAUCUUCAUUUCCUUAUGUUCUCUUAUUGAUGUCGUAUCUCGAGCGCACGGGCGUGGAUGGAUAGGGUCGUGCGGGUGCAGCAAGAAUCGUCACGCAGUCACAUCUUGAUAGUAAGAAGUAUCAUUUGAUAAAAAAUAAGUAAAUUUGCUGCGCCGCAGCGCUAGCACGAGGAUGUCUACAUUGAAUCUUUCACCGCCGACCAACUUUACGGCGAUUAUAGAGGCGCAGCACUGUCAGUUGCUGCGGUCAUCCAUCGUCUCCUCCUACCCUGUCUUGCUGGUGCACUUUUUCUUCAUCCUCAUAUCCAGCAAACUCCUCUAUUUGGCUGUUCGACGACUUUAUCAGCCGCGAAUCGUUGCCGAUUUAGUUAUCGCGCUUCUGAUAGCGAAGGUGCGGUUUCUUCGAGAGAGCUUCGGCCCGGAUAUAACCAUGAUUCUCCAAAAUUUUGGCCAUUACUGCUUCACUGCCUACAUGUUUGCCCUAGGCCUAGAGAUGGACCCCCUCACGGUUUUCGAAUCCCCCGGCUCCGACACCAUCAUCGGCUACGUGAGCAUGCUCUCUACGGUGGUCGUCGGUGCGCUAUUUAGCUCAGUUCUUGUGGAAUCUAGGAAUGCGAAAAAUGCAUAUGGCGGAGAAGAGCAGCAUGCAGAUUUGUUGUACUUGCACUCGCGACUCGGCCUGAUCGCCGGUCUCGCUAACACGGCCUCCCCCGUCCUCACUCGUCUCACCACCGAACUCAAAAUCUCCAACACUCGCGUAGGCCGCCUCGCCAUCGGCGCCGGCAUUCACACCGACAUGGUUUCGUCCUUCUUAACGUCCGUCGGGGCGAUGCUGUUGAGCAGCGGCUAUCGGAAACUCAAAGCUUUGUCCUGCUUGCUCGGCCUUAUCAUCGAAAUGGCUUUGGUUGUAAGGGUAGCAAAGCCUAUCAUGGACUGGAUCAGCGAGCGAAAUCCGGAGGGGAAGCGCGUGAAGGGCGUGGAUGUUGCGGGGGUGGUGGUGAUGAUUCUCGCGCUGUGCGGUGUAGCCACGAAGCUGCACGGCGACGCCAACAUGGCCGUCUUCUUGAUCGGUUUAGUGCUUCCGCGUCAAGGGAGGGCAUCCAGACUGCUGGUCAACAACAUCAACCUGCUCCUCAGCACCGUAAUCCUUCCGCUCUACGUCUGCUUUGUGUGUCUUUCCUUGAGGAACGACGGGAAUGUCGAAGGAUCGUCGAAGAGCGAUUACGUGAUCGACACUCCUCUGUCAUGGACUAAGCUAUCGAUUCUCAGUACAGCCGCCGCCGCUGGAAAGGUCUUGGGGACUCUUGCUGCAGGCCGCUUCCAAGGACUCAAUUGGCUCGAGUCGCUGGCAUUAGGUCUGCUCCUCAAUAUCAAAGGAUACUAUCACGUCUUCUUCGCAUACCAAGCGACGAAUAGUGCCAUGAUUAGUGAUCAGUUAUUCGUGGCAAUUUUGUUCACGGUGCUCGGGACGGCGAUGCUAACACCCUUGGUGGGCGUCACAAUAGCAGCCCGGUCUCGGCGGCGGGCGAAGCGGCAGCUGAUGGGGCUUCAGUUCCUCGAUCCGACGAGCGAUGUGCGGAUAAUGACGGGGCUAUACGCGGCGGACAACAUACCGAUGACGUUAAACUUUAUCGAGUCGGUGCGGUGGGGCUCGGGGCCGCGAGGUUUGACGGUGUACGCGAUCGACAUGGUCGAGAUGACCGACCGGGCGGCCGCGACCCUGGUGAAAGGCGACGGGCAGGAAGUCGUCACCGUCGGAGACGAGAGUGUGGUAGAGUUUCGGAAGCUGGUAGGGGAGGCGCUCGUCGCAUACCAACAACAGGACGGCAACGACGGAGUAAAGAUUCAACGCCUACUGGCGGUCUCCUCCUUCUCCGACAUGCACCGAGAUAUAUGCAGCUAUGCCGAGGAUGUACUGGCGGUGCUCAUUGUGCUGCCCUUCCACAAGAGACAGAAACUUGACGGAUCUAUGGACUUAGGGCACCCAGGUCAUAGACAAGUUAACCAGAAGGUUCUGCAAUACGCGCCAUGCUCGGUCGGAAUUCUAGUCGACCGCGGGCAAGGCCGAGUGAACAAAUCGUCGGUCUCCGAAGCGACGCAAAAUGUGGUCGCCAUCUUCAUCGGGGGCGCCGACGACCGCGAGGCGCUGACCCUGGCGGCGCGCAUGUCCCGGCACCCGGGCAUUGAGCUCACCGUGAUCCGGAUCCUCCCAAACGCCGCAGCACGCGCCCGCGCUUCCGCGAGGAUGACGGCGUUCGCCUCCUCCGAGGAGGAGGCUCAAACGCGUGCAGACGACGAGUACUUCACGAAGUUCUACGAGCGGUACGUGGCGGAGAAGGCGGCGGGCUACGUCGAGAAGCAUGUCUGCGACGGCGCGGAGAUAGUGAAGGUCCUGCGGUCACUGGAGAGUCAGUACCAGCUGUUCAUCGUCGGGCAGGGGAGGAGUCGGAAUUCGGUGAUCACGGAUGGGCUAGCGGAGUGGGCGGAGUGCCCUGAGAUAGGGCCCGUCGGCGACAUCCUCGCCUCGUCGGAGUUCUCGGUCACGGCAUCGGUCCUCGUCGUGCAGCAGCAUGACGUGAGGAAGCGGUUAAAAAUCAUCGACGAGGAGUUCAUGCCUUUCUAAUGUUAGAUUCAUCACUAGUGUUUUUGUGCUAAAAUUGUAAACUGUAAUUAAUUUUUACUGAUUUUGAUGGAGUUGGGGAAAAAACAAACGAAUUAUAUACACGAUGUUUACCA